UGAGAGCGGCUGCUGAGGCGAGCGCACGCGGCGCGCGAUUGAGGACUGGAGGAAGCAUGAAGCCGAGCGGCGGUGGCGGCGAAGGAGGCGGCAGUGAGCCUCUCUUUGGUGCCGGAGCCCUUGAGGAGCAAGAUGAGGCAAGUGACGAUUGGACGGAUAGCGAGGAAAGCGUUUUCUCUGGCCUGGAGGAGUCGGGGAGUGACAGUACCACAGAUGAGGAGGCGGACGAGGAGGACCGUGACAGCAGUGCCGAGGAGAAACCAGAAGGCCUUUUGCAACCUGGGAAGCCCGUGGACAAGGAGCUUCCGUCGUGCGAUAAGGAGGGGAGCCCAUCAGCAGACCAGGAACCAGCCUUGGAAAACGAGUACGAGGAAGACAGCUCUGACGAAGAGGAUAUCCGCAACACAGUGGGCAACAUUCCCAUGGAGUGGUACGAGGAGUUCCCCCACAUUGGCUACAACUUGGAUGGCAAGAAGAUCUUCAAGCCCAUCCGCACCAAGGAUGAGCUGGACAAGUACUUGGACAAGAUGGAAAACCCUGACUACUGGCGAACCGUCCAGGACAAGAUGACGGGGGUGGACGUGAAGCUGACGGAUGAGCAAGUGGAGCUGGUGAACCGACUCCAGAGGGGCGAGUUCGGAGACGUGAACUUCAACCCUUACGAGCCUGCCGUGGACUUCUUCAGCAGCCAGUUGAUGAUCCACCCAGUGACAAACCGCCCGGCCGACAAGCGUAGUUUCAUCCCAUCCCUCAUUGAGAAGGAGAAGGUCUCCAGGCUGGUCCACGCCAUCAAGAUGGGCUGGAUCAAGCCGCGCAAGCCCAAAGAGGAGACGCCCAGCUUCUACGACCUGUGGGCUCACGAAGACCCCAACUCCAUCCUGGGGCGGCACAAGAUGCACGUGCCUGCCCCCAAGCUCCCCCUGCCCGGCCACGCGGAGUCCUACAACCCGCCCCCGGAGUACCUCCCCACAGAGGAAGAGAAACUGGCCUGGGACCAGCAGGAGCCCUCUGAGCGCAAACUGAACUUCCUGCCCCAGCACUUCGACUGCCUGCGCCGCGUCCCCGCUUACCCCCGUUUCAUCCACGAGCGGUUCGAGCGCUGCCUGGACCUCUACUUGUGCCCACGCCAGAGGAAGAUGCGGGUCAACGUGGAUCCCGAGGAUUUGAUCCCGAAACUCCCCAAGCCGCAGGAUCUCCAGCCGUUCCCCUCCGUGCAGUCCUUGGUCUAUCGUGGCCACACCGGUCCCGUGCGCUGCCUCAGUGUCUCCCCCAGUGGACAGUGGCUGGCAUCCGGGUCCGAUGAUGGCACAGUGAAAUUCUGGGAGAUCUGCACGGCCCGGUGCCUGAAGACCCUCCCCGUGCCGGGCGUGGCGAAGAGCGUGGCUUGGAACCCCAGCCCCACUCUCUGCCUCGUGGGCAUUGCUGUGGAGCAGUCAGUGCUGCUGGUGAAUCCUGGCCUGGGGGACAAGCUGCUCUGCGGGGCCACGGACCAGCUGCUCGAGGCCUUUGUGCCCCCGGAGGAGGAGCGGCCCCAGCUGGUCACGUGGGAGGAGGCAUCCGGAGAGGAGCACAGCCGGGGAGUGCGGCUCAUCGUCAGACACGGGAAGCCCCUGAAGCAGGUGACGUGGCACCGGAAGGGGGACUACUUUGCCACCGUGGUCUCGGACAACAGCCACCUGCAGGUGCUGAUCCACCAGGCGAGCAAGCGCUGGAGCCAGGCGCCCUUCCGCCGGAGCAAGGGCCAGGUGCAGCGGGUCCUCUUCCACCCGCUGCGGCCCUUCUUCUUCGUGGCCACCCAGCGCUUUGUGCGGGUCUACAACCUCCUCAAGCAGGAGCUCACCAAGAAGCUGCUGACCAACUGCAAGUGGCUCUCCAGCAUGGCCGUCCACCCCGGAGGGGACAACCUGAUCUGCGGCAGCUACGACAGCAAACUCGCCUGGUUUGACCUGGACCUGUCCACGAAGCCCUACCGCAUGCUGAGGCACCACAAGGCAGCGUUGAGGGCUGUGGCCUUCCACCCCCACUACCCACUCUUUGCCUCCGGCUCAGAUGACGGCAGCGUCAUCGUCUGCCACGGCAUGGUCUACAACGACCUGCUCCAGAACCCCCUCAUCGUGCCGGUGAAGGUGCUGAAGGGCCACGCCCUGACUCACGACCUGGGCGUCCUCGACGUGGCUUUCCACCCCAGCCAGCCCUGGCUCUUCUCUGCCGGUGCAGACGCCACCAUCCGCCUCUUCACGUAGCCGGCCGGCCAGCCGACCGCCUCUGGAAGGAAGCCUCUCGCUGGCAGUGGGAGCUGCUGGGACUUGGCCUCUAAACGUGGCAGCUCCCCCACCCCCACCCCCACCCCGUCAGCUGCGGUCGAAAGGUCUUUGUGGCCUCUCCUGGAGGGAAACUGAACUUGGAGGUCUCUUUCUUGGAAUUAA